ACCAUGACGUCGGGCACCACCAACGGAACCAAUGGCGCUGCCAAAGAGCGCACUCCUCUUCGACCGGGCAUCUACUCGCCGACCAUGACCUUCUUCGACCCGGAAACCGAAGAAGUCGACAUCGCCACGGUCAAGAAACACGCAGUACGACUCGCUGAAGCCGGUCUGGUGGGACUCGUUACCAUGGGAUCCAAUGGCGAAGCCGUCCACCUCAACCGCUCUGAAAAAUCAGACAUCACGCGAGCAACCCGCGAAGCCCUCGACGCAGCUGGCUACCAAAACGUUCCCGUCAUCGCGGGCGCCUCGGAACAAGGCAUCAAGCUGACGAUCGAAUCAAUCCGCGAGUCCGCCGCUGCAGGCGCCGAAUACGUCCUACUCGUUCCCCCCAGCUACUACCGCUACGCCAUGGAUGAGGAAGCCAUCACCGAGUACUACACAAGCGUAGCCGAUUCGUCCCCCUUACCCGUCAUCUUGUACAACUACCCCGGCGCCGUGGCAGGCAUCGACAUGGACAGCGACCUCAUCAUCAAGCUGGCCAAGCACCCCAACAUUGUCGGCACAAAAUUCACCUGCGGAAACACUGGAAAACUGACCCGUGUAGCCCUCGCCACAAACGCCCUUUCCACCCAGAGUAACGGAAGCGGGUACAUGGCGUUUGGCGGCAUGGCCGACUUCACUGCACAGACGGCCGCAUCAGGAGGCUCCGGUAUCAUCGCCGGCGGCGCAAACGUUCUGCCCAAGACGUGCGUCCGCGUCUGGGAUCUCUGCGCUAAAGGCCAAUUCCAGGAGGCCUUUGAGCUGCAGAAGGUGCUUAGCAAAGGCGACUGGGUCCUCACCAAAUCCGCCAUCCCAGGUACAAAGUCUGCUAUUCAGUCGUACUACGGGUAUGGAGGGUACCCACGUCGUCCUUUGAAGAGAUUGCCCGAGGAUAAAGUGCAAGCGGUUGCGGAAGGCAUCAGGGAAGUCAUGGAAGUGGAGAAGAGUUUAUGA